AUGGCAGAUGUAGAGGAAACUCUGAAGAGAAUUCAGAGCCAAAAGAACGUUGCUGGGGUUAUUGUUAUGGACUCAUCUGGUAAAACUUAUAUGUUCCUUUUCAUUGUUGUACUCUUUCUUUUCCCACUACACCAUUACUUCAUGGCGUUAACUUUUUAUUAUUUCGUAGGUCGAGCGAUUCGGUCAACACUGGAUGAUGAAGCUACACAGCAGCAUUGCGUAUUGCUGCAUCAAUUGUGCGAUAAAUCAAAAAGUGUUAUUCGUGAAUUGGAUGGCUCAAACGACCUCACAUUCCUAAGGUUACGGACGAGAAAACAUGAAAUAAUGAUCGCACCUGAUAAAGACUUCUUGUUGGCUGUGAUACAGAACAUUACUGCACAGUUUUAA